CCACUGCGCAGCCGCAGUUCCUCCAGGACGCAGAGAGCAGGAGCGGCAGAAGAAGACAGAAAAAAUGGCCCUCGAUAAUUUAAUUUUCGCCCAGUGCAUCCUUUACUUUUUAGCUUUCGUGUUCGGUUUCAUCGCCGUGGUGCCUCUGUCUGAGAACACGGAGGACUUCGGGGGUAAAUGCCUGCUGUUCACGAGGGGGAUGUGGCAGAACGAGAACAUCACGGUGUCCAAGCAGCGCUUCAUCGUGGAGGAGUGGGGACCUGAGUCCUCCUGCAGCUUCAUCACUUUUGUCGGGAUAGCGUCUCUCAUCCUGUCCGCAGUGCAGGCCUGGAGGCUGCUCUUCUUCUUGUGCAAAGGACACGACGACACCAUCUUCAAUGCUUUCCUCAACCUGCUCAUCAGCUCCGUGGUGGUGUUCACAGUCUUCCUGUCCAGCACCAUCGUCAGUGUGGGUUUCAACAUGUGGUGUGACUCGGUCACCGAGGGUGGGAGCAUGCCCAGCAGCUGUGAGGAACUGCAGGACACUGAUCUAGAACUCGGCCUGGACAACUCUGCUUUCUACGACCAGUUUGCUAUAGCUCAGUUUGGCCUGUGGGCUGCAUGGCUCACCUGGCUGGGGAUCGCAGUGAUGGCCUUCCUGAAGGUCUACCACAACUACAGACAAGAGGACCUGCUGGACAGCCUGAUCCACGAGAAGGACCUACUGCUAGGCCGCUCCUCGCGCCGCAGCUCUGACUUCAAGACCGGCAUGAUCUAGAAGCCUAGAGGACACACAAACACACACUCACACUCAAACGUUCUCGCCUGCCAUGAGAAACACCAAUGUUUGCCUCUGUAGACAAUCGAAUUAGCUUUUGCUCCCAUUGAUCAUGGAUCAAAUCAAACGGAAGGUUUUAGCUUUGUUCUCCAAAGGUCAUUGAUUUUCCCUCAAAAAAAUCUCCCAAUGUUAGUUAAUCCUUGAGGAAUCCUGCUUUAUCGAGUUUAUUAAUCCACUGUGUGCAUUCCUCUUCAACACACGCAAGCAUAGUUCAACUCCAACAGUAUUAAAACCAUUUAAUGAAAAGUAUACACCCAGUUUUUCAGUAUUAAUGGCUCGGACAGAUUGGCCGAUGGAUGGUGUUGUCUUUGUGAAACUUCUGCAUGGACCUAAUGCAUGACAAAUUAAUAGGGUGGUGGUUUUUAGAUGUAAAGGGAUGUUAUUUAGUUUUAUACACCAAUAAAUGUGUUCCUAAGGAAGGGUUUUUUGCUUCUCGAUGAAGCGGGAAUUCUUUGCAUGCUGCAGCAAAGUAAAAAGACGUGUGCUGUUGCAGUGUAUUCACACAUUUAUCAGCAGUUACAAAAGGUGUUUUAUAGAAAAUGACAAAUUAUAGUUCAGAACAUUUAUGUAUCGGGCAGCCGGUCUAAAAAUGCUUUUAGCAAUCUGUGUGAGAUAAAAAAACGAAUUUGUGCCAUAUAGUAACUCAGGCUUCUUUAUAGGCUACAAAACCAAUAUACUGUAUUACUGUGAGUAGACGCACAAAUGUACCCGCAUGCAUCUCUCUCCCUGUUACAUACACAUCACACACUCCCUUAUUGUCAGAGAUUACAGGAAGAAAGCAAAUCAUCUGCUUGACUUUGAUAGGCAAUGACAGUUUUAUUUAAAAUAACUGAAAUCAUAAAACGGUAGGAACUAAGAAAACCCUCCAUAAAAGGCACUUCUUUCAAAGUGACCAUAAACGUUUGGACAGCCGUGAAAUGCAGCUUCUAAGCUAAAUGCGCAGGACAUGAGUUCACUGGGUAUUGUUUUAUUGCUAAUGACAAUUUAGUGACUUCUAUAUACGGGCGGUAUUAGCCUUAUAUUGCUUUGACAUUCAAAAUGCAAGACUUUUCCUUCUGAGUUCCCUGAAACCUGUUAUAUAAAGAAACAUGUUUUACUGGAAA